GCAGCGGCCCUCGAAGAAGGCGUAUCUGUGCAGAUCAGCGGAAAUCUGCGUUAUAAGAACACUACCAAUAUGCGUUUGACAACAUCAACGUCAGUACGAGUCAAUUGCAACGAACUGAAAGCAGCGCACUAACUGGGGAUGCUCACGUGGUUGCACGGAGCACGGUAAUAAACCAGCACGCAAGUUAAUAGGUGUUGUCAAAAGCAUAUUGUUUGGGGAUGUUAACGAGCUGCGCUGUCUCUGCUUUCUGAUGAUGUAACAUUCUCAGCAGAGACAGUCGAAUCUGCCUCCAUGUCGGAUUCCGCGCAGUGUCCGCAUCGCAUCCAACACAGCGCUCACAGAGCCGACAUGGAGACUCUGCGAUCCAGUUUCAGAACCGCCUCGACCCGCCCUCGCUUCCAUAGGGAGACCAAAGAGCCAAUCAUACGCGGCGGUUCCACCCAGCCACGCCUUCUGCUAGUGACGCUCCCAUUUCAGUACCGGAAAUAGAAAGGUUUGCUUUGUUUACGUGGAGAGAGGUGGCUGCAGUCACUGGUGAUUUUACAACACACUGUUUAAGGUGUUUAGUUUGGGUUGAAAUGUUUUUUUUUUUAGGUAAUUUUUGAGUAUUGUGUUUGUUUAUUACCUGCACGGGGUUCUUGGAAAAGGAAAUACUCCCUUUAAUAAAGUCUGUUGUUUGUGUCAGUUAUUUAUCACACCAGAGAAGUGAUGAAUAUGUUUGAAUGCGGAGGCUACGGUAAAAACAAAUAUAUCUUACUAAAUACAAACCGAAGACGGUGUUUCUGAAUGAAAAGAAGAUUCCGCUAGACCAGUCUCAAACUAAAGCCAGUGAAGAUGGACGUCAGUGUCUCCGUGUCGUGGUUUCAAGACGAGCUCGCCUCCACCGUCGAGCUCGCAGUGAAAGCGGCUGCAGACAGCGUCGUGUGCGCGAUUACUGAAGCUGUCUGCAGCAAAUUCACUGAAUUACAAGAGGAAAUGUCUGGAAUGAAGAGAGAGAAUGAAAGUCUGAAGCUGAGAUUGGAAAUAUCAGAGAGCCAGCUGAAAGCCGUGCGAGGGUGUAUAAACGCUGCAGAUGCAGACAUUAAACAGCCUUUCAUAUUUCAAGAUCCCAUAGAGAGCCACGCUAUCCCCGAAUCUGAAGCACAGAAAGGGCCAAAGAUAGAAGCAGUUUACAAACAAGAGGAUACCUUUGACCAGGAGUGGUGUCCAAGUCUAAUGCAGGUUACAGAGCUGACAUUUGUUAAAGAUGAAGACGUCCCUGAACAGGAAUGUGUUCCUAUCAAAGAGGAAUUCAUACAGCAGGAAUGUGUCCCCAUCGCAGAGGAACUUCCUACUGAAAAUAAUGUCUGUACACUUGAGGAGAACAACAAGCUGGGAUUAAACCUGUGUGAUGAUUCUCCAUCUGAAUGUGAACUGGGAUUUAGAGCUUCUAAAGUAGAUGAAGGAGAACGUGACUCCACUGCAUCACCCCAGUGCAAAAACUCUUCUAGAGGCAAACCACAGUUCAAGAAACACAGAGAAACAACACCCCAAGAAGAAUAUGUGAAGACAUUGAGAACUCACUCAGUUAAAAUCCCUUCUUUACAAGACAGACACCCACUUACUGUGGAGAGUACAGAGACGGCACAUUCUGUAUGUUUUAACAAUUCUGCAACCCAGGGCAGCUUGAAGACCUUGCCUCAUUCUGUUAAAGGUGGGAAGAGUUCCUGUCAAUUAGACGUUCCUGAAACUCACAAGGGAAAUCCCACAGGAGGGACUACAUUUUCCUGGGCUGAUUGUGGGAAGAGUUUCAAUCAUAUAUCACUGCUUAAAAGACACCAGCACAUUCACACAGGCGAGAAACCAUCCCACAUACAGUCCAGUGAUAAGAGUUUCACACAAUUAGGACAUCUUCAUUCACACCAGCGCAUUAACAUAGGAGAGAAACCUUAUUACUGCACUGAGUGUGGGAAGACAUUCAGUCACAUAGGAAACCUUAAAAAACACAAGGCCAUUCACACAGGAGUGAAACCUCAUCACUGUGAUGUUUGUGGGAAGAGAUUCAGCCAGUUAGGAGACCUUAAAAGACACCAUAAAAUUCACACAGGAGAGAAACCUUAUCACUGUGCUGUUUGUGGGAAAAGAUUCAGCCAGUUAGGAGACCUUAAAAGACACCAUAAAAUUCACACAGGAGAGAAACCUUAUCACUGUGAUGUUUGUGGGAAGAGAUUCAUCCUGUUUGGAAACCUUAAAAGACACCUUAAAAUUCACACAGGUGUGUAAUCGUAUCCCUGCACUUAAUGUGUGAAGAAGUUAAGUCAGUUGCUGGCUCUUACAGGACUCGAGAACUUUAUCAGAAUUGCAGACACUUGGUGACCCCUAAACAACAGAAGGACAUUUGACUGAAAACAAAAGAAUAAACUUGCUUGAUAAAUACGGUCACCACUAAUCACAAUUUGUGCAGCUCACGGACCACAAAUAUGAACGAGUACAUCUUGUAUUCAUCGUCUUGUUGAGCAUUCGGAUUGUGUUACGUCACAUUAGUAAUUGUAACACAGCAGGGAGGGGGUUAAAGCCUCCCUGAGUGGAAAACAUGUGUGGAAUGCACAUUUGUUUAGUUUAAUUGUUUUGGUUUAUUGUUUCAUUGAUUUGUUAAUUGUUUUAUUAUUAAUUAUCCCCUGCACCUGGUAGCUAUUGUUAAAUUAAAACCAGGUGCAGGGUAUUUAAGAGAGGCAGCUAGUCUGCUCAAGGCUGCUGAGGAGAAGGAGGCAGAAAGGUGUGCUCUGCUUCCUGGCAGUCAUGAGCUAAAAAGUAAGUGCUGUAUAAAACCAGUGUGUUUUGUAAGGACAGGGAAACAGCGUAGCUGUCCCGUGUUAGCCAGGGUGUUCCUGUGUGUUAGGUAGUGCUCGUACAGAGCUAGGUGUUUAUUUUGUGUGUUUUGUUUGAUUUUUGUGUUUAUUAAAAAUAGCGCACCAGCGCUUAAAAUCCAUUUCUGUGUGCUGGGUCUAUUUUUAAAGGGGCAACGAACCCGAGUGGGUGGAGAUAUUUUACAUUUGGUGGCAGAAAGUGUGGGCGCCCCUACGACCCAGAAAAUGGAUUUGAAAGAAUUGAUUGCAAUGCUCAAUCGCAACACCGCUGCUCAGAAAGAGCAGACAAAGAAGUGGAGACAGGAGUGGGGGCUACCGGAUCCGGAGCCGACAGAGCUAGACCUGCUACUCCAAAAGUGGGAGCAAGCAAGAGGUGCCCUGCUGACUCCAGCUUCAGAGCCCAGAGGGGAGGAGCCGCCGCUUCCAGAGCCCAGAGGGGAGGAGCCGCCGCUUCCAGAGCCCAGAGGGGAGGAGCCGCCGCUUCCAGAGCCCAGAGGGGAGGAGCCACUGUUGCCAGAGUCACCAGUGGAAGUCAAGGGGGAGGAUGUGCCGCCUCCCCUGCAAGCCAGUCCGGCGUUGCCGAGGGAGGUCCCUUGUCCCGGCAGCGUGGACACCAGGCCGGAAUGCCCAGACCUCCCUCCGCUUGACCUGGCUCCCAGGUCGCAGUACAGCCAGGCACAGUCGCCUGCCUGGUCCCUUGCUUCACUCCCCCUGGAAUCCCAGACGUCGCUGCGCAGGAUGAAGACGUCACUGCGCAAAAGGCAGACGUCGCUGGCGCUCCCCCUGCUGAUUGCUCCAUUCCGCCUACCUACUGCUCCGCUCCCCCUGAGAUUCAAGACGUCGCUGCGCCGGUCCACAGCCACGCGCCUCUGCCUGCCAGUCCUGGCUCCCGGUCACCGGCCUGCGCUGUGGUCGCCCUGGACAAGCCGUCUGGGUCCCUCCUCGUCGGUCCUAGGUCCAUCCCUGGAAACGCCGGAGGGACCAACCCACCCUCAAGCCCGCCCGUGGAAGAGGGCGACAAUUGACAUUGCUGGACUUGAGGGUGGGUGGUCAUUUAAGGGUGGAGGGAGGUGGCCGUCGAGUGGCCGGUGUCUUGAAAAGACAAGGGGGGGGGGAAGUGUAACAAAGCAGGGAGGGGGUUAAAGCCUCCCUGAGUGGAAAACAUGUGUGGAAUGCACAUUUGUUUAGUUUAAUUGUUUUGGUUUAUUGUUUCAUUGAUUUGUUAAUUGUUUUAUUAUUAAUUAUCCCCUGCACCUGGUAGCUAUUGUUAAAUUAAAACCAGGUGCAGGGUAUUUAAGAGAGGCAGCUAGUCUGCUCAAGGCUGCUGAGGAGAAGGAGGCAGAAAGGUGUGCUCUGCUUCCUGGCAGUCAUGAGCUAAAAAGUAAGUGCUGUAUAAAACCAGUGUGUUUUGUAAGGACGGGGAAACAGCGUAGCUGUCCCGUGUUAGCCAGGGUGUUCCUGUGUGUUAGGUGUUUAUUUUGUGUGUUUUGUUUGAUUUUUGUGUUUAUUAAAAAUAGCGCACCAGCACUUAAAAUCCAUUUCUGUGUGUUGGGUCUAUUUUUAAAGGGGCAACGAACCCGAGUGGGUGGAGAUCUUUUACAUAAUAUAUUAAAUAGAUUGUUAUUAUGUUUGCAAGUUUCUCUUUCCUAGUCUCUGUAAGUCGCCUUGGAUAAAGGUGUCUGCUAAAUAAACAAAUAAUAAUAAACAUAUUUUGUCAUUAAGUUUUAUAUAGCUCUAUGAUUUAUAAAAAUACUUUUUACAACUUGAUGUUGCUUUAAAGCCCAUUUCAAUUCUACAAUGUCCUGUAAAAUGUUCCCCGCUGUUACAAGUUUGUUCUAACUUUUUAUUAUUUAUGUUUUUGGGAAAUGCACUUGUCAGAUAUUCUAUUGAUCUGUAGUUUCAAGUCAUUAUUAUUUGUAGUGUUUUAGAUACAAGGUUGUGAGAUUUUAAACAGCAAUCUCACACGACUGCAUGGAAGUUAGAAUCGGGGAUCAAGGAUUUAUAAACUGCAGAAUCAGGAAUGGAAGACAGAGCAGGCAUUUUCAAUACUUGGAAAUGGGACUUUUAGCAACAAUGCCUACAUCUUUUGUUUGAAGUAGAUUAUGAUUAGUUGGUCCGCAACUUAGUAUGCAGCUCUGUACUAUGUUUGUUGCAAUUGACCCAGAUGGUUCUCAUUGCUGGCUUUAUUAGCAGCACUAGGCACUGGGAAAUGUAGUUCUGAUGCCAUUUUAAAAUCCCAGAACUACAUUCUCUUUAACAGAUUUCCAUAAAUGCUGUGCACCACCACUAUCUGUGGAAGAGGCUGAAAGUAGAAACAUGCAAUGCUGUUACAAAGCAAUGCCAGCAGCAUUCAUCUGGAGAGCAUGCACAACCUCUGCCCCAGAUUUACAGCCUAAUAAAGUCAAGGAUACCAAAUCUGCUAACGGCUGUGGAAGAUGAUAUUGAUAGUGAUGGUGUUGGAGUGGCUACACAAGAGGCUGUCCCUGGAACAUGAGGUAUCAUUCACUACAAAAUGAGUAUUCAAAUCAAUUGUAAGAUAGCAGGGAGAGGUUCUGAUUCCUCCCUAUAUGCACUUUUUGUUUAAUUGUUUAAUUAUUUUGUUAAUUGUUUUACUGGUUUCUUUAAUUAUCUCCUGCACCGGGCAAUUAUUGAAAAUUAGAGCCUGGUGCAGGGUAUAAAAGGGAAACAGUCAGUCUGCUUUAGGCUGCUGUGUGGAGAGCCUGCUUGACAGUGUGCACAAGCGUAUAAAAAGGAAAAGGUAGUGAUAACCUUUUUGAUCUGUGUUAAACCUGUGUGGUUUGUUUUGUUUGUGUGUUUUGUUUGAUUGGCAGGUAAACGGCUUAGCCGUCCUGCAAGAUAGUUUAGGUUCCUGUGUUAUGUUCAGUUUGUGCUCAAGAGCUAGGUGUUUGUUUCGUUUAUUUUGUUUUUGUUAUUAUUAAAAAAUAGCGCAAAAGUGCUUUAAAACCUC